CUUAGUACUGCCGAUUUUUCUCAAAGAUUUCUUGUAAAAAUAGUCUUCAGUAACGAGUUACACACGAAAUGCUAUACAAAUAACAAAAUUUAACAAAGGCCUGUAUUAACGGACAUGCAUUUAAUAUGAGCGUUGUUUUAAACAAUAUCAUGCAUUUAUGCAUAUAUUUUGUCAGUGACCUGUUGUAAUUGUUUUUAAAAUGCCAUCAUAUACGGCAUCUCUUGCCAAGUGUAGCCAUUAUCAAACUCAAUUAACUCUCUGAAGGCACUUGAAAAGAGUGGGUCAUUGACCUCAUAAUUCUCCUAUCCUGCUGUGCACCUUUACGAAAUACGCACACGAAGUGACAUAACAUAAAAUUCGCCCUUGUCAACGUGUAGACAUGUUAGUAUAGGUCUUUAAACAUGACGAACGCGGAUGAAGAAAGACUAAAUGAUGCCAAAGCGACAACAGAUGCAGAGAAUGUCUGUGCAACAAAGGACAGUGGUUAUGCGUGGCUUGUAUGCGGAGCUGCAUUUUGCACUUUAUUCGUGACUCUGGGCAUUCAUUACAGCUGCGGUGUUGUGUUCGUCGCCCUGCUCGAUUCGUUUGGGGAGAGCAAAGCAAAAACUGGUAGGUACUUAGGAAAAUGACAUGGUAAUUUACCUCAUGUUGAUGGACCUUUCAACAAACCUGCAGAUCCGAUUAUAUCGAUCAGUCCUUUAUAUAGGUAUCGAAUAUCUGUGAUGUUUUAAAAGCAUUUACACCUCUCGUCUCUCGAUUACAGCUCUCGAAAAUUUCCAAUUUUAACAAAACUAUUAAUCGGAGAAUCAAUGCUAGCUCCAUGCUGAGGAUAAAUUAUUUUGGACCCGUACAUCAACAUUUAGCGCUAAAUAAUGGAAACUAAAGUAUAUGUUAUGGUAUAUAUAACAAGUGGAAGGCAAUAAAAUUUAUAUGUAGGUAUAGCGUUUGCAGUGUGAAUAUAUUAUAUUUAAUUAUUAAAACAAAGAAAACUUGCAUGAAAUCUACUUGAGAAACUUUGUCUUUGAGUAAAAUUGUGUCAUUCUCCACAAAGUACGUCAUCCUAAUCCUACUCUUAAUACAAAGCGUUUGCACAUCAGUAAAAAAGCACAUUUCAAAAAGUAAAAAGCGUCUAUAUUUCUAAUGGUGUUUCAUAGCAUCACAUAUUGAGUGCAAAUUAGACUAUGAUACGGUAAAUAUAUCGAUUUUAUUUACCGAUUCGGUUAUAAUUCUGUUGCACAACAGCUCUAUAGAAAUGUUCAUAAUAGUGUCUAGGUUCCCUGCACAUUGCCAUUUGGGCAAACUCGGCAGGAGAAGCGGUCCACAUUCAAAGAAAAACGAAUGAGUUUGACAGAAAAACUUCCAAUGUUAAACGAAAUCUUGUAUAAACAACGAAAUAUUAACAAGAACAAACGAAAUAUUGUAACAAUUAAUAUAUUCUAUAUAAUUAAUUGCGACACUUGCAGUAUGAUUUUAAUGUUAAAUGUUCCAUGAUAGUUAAACUGUUUUGUCCGUAUAUGUUUUCACAAGUGUUUUCACAAGUGUGUGUGAGAACUGCAUGUGUGUCGAUGUUCAUGGCACCUGGGCAUUUAUAAAACGAUAGUAUCAACAGGUAUUAAAUAUAUUACGAUACAAAUCUUUACUCGAUAUGUGUAGGCAACGUAAGCCGGCAUCACCCGCUGAGCUGGUCACAGGGACCUGAGCCCUGGGAAUUUGACUUAUGCCAGACGAUUUAAUAUAACCUCGAAUAAUUUUAUGUAUACUAGUGACAGCAAGUUACUGCAUUCAUUUCAUCGUCAUUGCAUGUGGAGAAUUAUCAGGAUUGUAUGGCUGACAGAAAGUUUGUUUCGGACAAGAUAAGGAAGACGUUCUUGGUUAGAAAUUGCAAAUGAAUGGAUGCUUAAAACCCCCGCGGUCAAACGAGAAUUGAUGAGUUGGCAGUCACGAUACAGGGGACAUUUCAAGCUCUUAGAAUAACAAAAUAAAGGUUUGAAUGUUUAAUGCGUGUUCUAACUAUGUCUCAACUUAAACAGAAUACAUGAUAGGGUUGGGAAGCAUUAAGAACAGCUAAUCAGGGUCGCGUGACUGCCAAAUCUCAUUGAUUCUCUCGUUUGAUCACAGCCAGGCGGCCCAAUCUCUGAACGUCCUAUAUAUCUUGAAUAUUUAACAGUUAAAAUAUUUUAAAAUAACAAAAUAAUUAAAAAAUAUUAACAAUAUAUGGAGAAAAAAAAUCUCACUUGUUAAUAGAAUGCAUUUGUUGUGUUUCUGAGUCUAGUUGAUGCGAUUGCUUUUAAUACGUUUUCGUCGUACUUGAACGAUCGUCAGUACUGGCAGUCUGGCACUGGACGACAUGGCCAUAUAAGACAUGGCUAUGUCGUCCAGUGCCAGUACUGACGACUGUUCAAGUACGACGAAAACGUAAAGCAAUCGCAUCAACUAGACUCAGAAAUACAACAAAUGCAUUCUAUUAACAAGCGAGAUAUAUUUUUUACAUAUAUUUUUAAUAUUUUUUGAAUUAUUUUGUUAUUUUAAAAUAUUAGAACGGUUAAAUAUUCAAAAUAUAUAGGACGUUCAGAGAUGGGCCGCCUGUGGUUUGAUCCGAGGUCGGUAUAAAACACAUUAAAAAAAUAGGCGCAGCAAAGGAAUUUUAUUGAAAUCGCAAAAUUGGGAUACGCAUCACCAGUGGGCAGAACAAGUAAAUUAUCUAUAAAUAUCAUAGGUUAAUCAAGUUUAAAUAUCGAGCGAAUGGCCAACUUAGACAACAUGGUCUUUAAUAAGAAGCAGUAGAAACCUAUGGAGGGUCGAGUAUUUUCAAAGCUAUUUUCAAAACGUAUUUUCAAAAGAUAUUUUCAUAAAGAUUAUAUCUCAAUUAAUUGAAGGGAAUGUCCUAAGACAAUAAGUACAUUCAUUGAAGAGGUACAAAGGUUACGUUUUACGUCAAGGGCAAACUUCAAAGAACAUUAACCUUGGGUUUAAUUGCCAGGGUGGGGUAUUGUGAAGCUCAGCGGCGGGUAGGCUGAUGCUUUCAGCGGACUGAAUGAAAUAACCUGAAUUUAGCAUAUUUUCUGAGAAAUCUGCCCGAAUUUUCUUGAUUUAUCCUAGCAUUUGCCCGAAUUUCCAUGGUUUUCUUCUACAAGUUUUUUUUUUGUUUUUUUUUCUGGGGGGGGGGGCAGUUUCCUUCCUAUGGAUACAGUCUAUUACAUGUAACGUACAACUACUACCACGUAUACUGAACUCACAUAUAUUUAUAUCAUUAUUUCGCUUGAAACGUUUGAAGUUCCGGUAUUUCUACAAGCAACUUUUCCACCACCAGUAUACGGUAGUAAAAGCUCAAUCUUCAAUUGAGUUUCGACCCUGGAAGUUCUGUUCAUCUAUUUUCAUGUAGUUGUACACCCUUCACACCUGAUUUUAUCACUAUAAAAACUAUCAUCAUUACUUUCAAUAAUCAUCAUUAUCACUACAAUUUUCAAUACCAUAACAAAAAAUCUCCAUUACUAAAUCUGAUCAUCAUCACCACCACCACCACCAACCACCACCACCACCCACCACCUGGUUACAUAUACCACCCACCAAAAUGUACCACCACACCGUCACCAAAGACCUAAGUUCUAACUACUCAUUAUUUUCUCAUAUUCACAGCUUGGGUACAAUCAAUCAGUCAGUUCAUGCUGUUCUUCUUCUGUCCUCUAUCAAGUCUCUUAACAGAACGAUACGGUGCGAGGGUGGUGACAAUGACGGGUGGAAUACUAAUGAGCGUUGGUUUGCUGGUUAGCUCAUAUGCACAACAGCUAAACAUACUAUAUAUCACAUAUGGAGUAAUAUUUGGAUUUGGUAGCGCACUAGCCUAUUUACCAACAUUAGUAAUGGUUGGACAAUAUUUUGAAAAGCGUCGCUCUCUUGCUACGGGCAUUGCAACUUGUGGGAGCAACACCGGGGCAUUGUCGUUAGCUAUCGUACAGGAGGUCGUAUUAAAUAAACAUGGCUGGAGGAACGUAUUUCGCUUCAAUAGUGGUUUUGCUCUGGUAGUUAUUAUGUGUGGUGUAAUAUUUAGACCACUUAUUCCAGUACCUACCCGCGAAAGGCCAAUGGUAGCCAAGGCCAUUGGUUUUAAGAAGAAAUUCGGACUACUUAUGCGUAACAAGAAGUUUAUACUAUGGUGUAUGGCUAGCACAGCUGGGACGUUUGGAUACUUCAUUCCACUUGUUCAUUUGGUAUGGAAACAAAUUACUCAGAUCAUUCAAACUAAGGGCUUUUCAUGUACUCAUCAUAACUCACCCCAUCAAUCUUUCCUAUUGGAGAAAGCCUUUGAGCAGGACGUUGAGCGAGAAUCGGGCCCAAGAUCUCAGAGGCGCUUAUAGCCUAGUUCCUAGGCCUCUUGUCGUUGGCCAAGACAGAGCAUUUUCCGGUGUAUAUUUUAUAUGUGAAUAGGCAAUUCCAUCUUUUAAUUUAUGCGCGCAGGGGGCGACGGGAAGUAAGGUAUCAUAUUGCUGAUUAUGCUGAAAAUUUUCAAUAAAAACUGCCGAAACAUUUCAAUAUUUACAAGUAUAAGCUAUCACUCCGUGUUCACACGGCCGCCAUUUUUAUUUUUUCAGCACAAUCAGCAAUAUGAUACCUUAUUUCCCAUCCUCACCUGCACGCAUGAACUAAAAGCUGAAAUUGCCUAUUACUAACGAAUAUAACAUUAAUUCCUUUUAGUUGCGUUAUGCAGAAGAUAACAAAGUGAGCCUGCACAAAGCAACCCUACUCAUAACAUACAUGUCAGCCGGGUCAGCGGUGGGCAAGAUAAUUUAUGGAAGAAUCUCUGAUCACUUUCAAAGUUGGACACCAAUAAUUUAUAUGAUCUCAAUGUUUAUAUCUGGACUAAGUUCUAUACUAUUCUCCUUAGUAUCGACUUCGUAUACGGGGCUAGUAGUGUAUGUUAUAAUAUUUGGAUUGCUGGAUGGUUCAUUCAUUGGUCUUAUGUCUAUUAUGGCUUUCAAGUGCACUGGUUCACUGGAGUUGAUGUCUCAUAGUUGGGGAAUCUCGCUCAUGUUUAUGUCAUGUUCUAUGAUCGUGGGUCCCCCUACCGUAGGUGAGUUCUAUCAGUGAAGGGUGUUGGCCAUGGCUCGAAGUAGAGAAAAAAUAUGGCCCGCCAGUCUAAAAUUUUCUUGCAGGUGAAAUAAAGUUUAGCCUGCCAUUUUUUUCAUUGAACUGCCAAAAUGGCGAUGUCUCAUAUGAGUCAUAUUGCAAAAAUCAAUGUUUUCAUGAAAUGCAUUGUAUUAUUUUAAACUUGUCUGCUUUACUUCAGUAAACUUGGAUUUACAUUUCAAAUAUAAACGUAUUUAGUCAACUAAAUGAUCUAGUAUAUAUGAGUUGUGCUAAGUAAAUGAAAUGAAAUAUAUCUAUAGAAUCUCACCUGCCAUUUGUUUUUGACUUGGCAGUUCAAAUUUGUUUUUGCCUGCCAUUUAUAAAAUAUGGCCUGCUUUUGGCCAGUGGCUAUUUCGAGCCCUGAUAUUCAUGGAUAUAUCACGUUUCAUGAUAUACGUAGUGGCUGUUGCUUCUUUAUAUUAAUUUGUUAUAUAAUACGCAAAUAAUAGUAAAAUCCGGUGUUUGCAAGUGUUUAUAUAACUACCACGAGUUUUUCAGAAGACUGACUUUUCUAUAGUAAUGUUAGCACUAAUAUCAGAGAACAUUAAAUGUAGAAGAUUUAACCAUACUGCAUGGCCAGUGUUUGGCAUAAAAUAUUAUUUAUACAGAUAUAUUGGCUUAAUUUACCCAACGAAGCCAUGAAAUCAAAAUGGAAUCGAAAAAAUGUCCGACAAAGCUUUCGAUUAAAUUUCAUUUUGGUCGGCCAUUUUUCCUGACAAAUUUUGAACGUUAUUUCAGGCUCUGUAGAAUAUAGUCACUAAAGUGUCAACUACGAAUCGAAAUGACGCGUUCUUCGCUGAGCCCAAAUUGCGUGCAAUACUACUACAUUCCCCUUGUUACGUUUUCGUAGCGCUUUGCAUUGUGGUUAUAGUGGUAUCACUGAUAUUCAAUAUGGCUUAUUUUUUGUCCUGACCCGUGCAAGAACUUUCGAAAAAAGCUAGGGUCAGGUGCACGAUAGCCAACAGCAAAAGAUUCGCGAAAACAUUCAAUAUUUUCAUUCGAGGCCGCUAUCUUUAUCAGUGAUACCACUAUAACCACAAUGCAAAGCGCUACGGAAACAUGAUAAGGGGAAUCAUCAAUUGAGCGAUAACAUGAAUAGUAGUGAAUAGCUGAGAUUGGACGAAUUAGAAUAUACAUGUCAAAGUAAUGAACUGUUUUACUUGUUUAAACGCUAGUUUACACUAUCAAACUUUCCAUGAUCAUUCUUAGGAAAUUCUAAGUUUUGAAGGAUUUGUGAGAAAUGUUUGAGGGAACUCACUUAGUGUUAAACAAUGAUUCAGGAAUUUACGUAUGCAAAAUUCCUACUGUGAUCACAGAAACAUUGACAGCGUAAACCAGGGGUCGGUUGUUCAAAGGUGGGUUAGCGCUAACCAUAGGCGCUAACCCUCAGGCAAAAAAAAAAAUAUGUGGGUUUCCGGUUCGGUUUUAACUUUUUUUUUUAAACUUUUUUUUUAAUUUUCCGAAUAAGCGGGCGCCAUUUUGUUUAGUCAGUGCUUCCACAUCCAAAGAUAAAUUUCCCUAAUAUUGCCUCAAAUUUCAAUUUUCCACAAACUUUUUCCUCCAAGUGGAAACACUUACAAGCAUGAUCCAAUAAAAAAGUUUAGGGUCGGGAUUUCGACGUCCAAAAGCUAGGUAGGGUCGGGGAACCGGAAACCCACAUAUAUUUUUUUUUGGCCUCAUGGGUUAAAAUUUAACCCACUGUUUUAGUUUGUGUAUUUCUGCACGUCUGUUUAUUUCAAAACUUCAGAGAAGAAAACUCCUACCAAUCUAGACAAGAUCUUUGAAGAAAUAUUUUCAAAUUUUUAGACAAGCUGUCAGGAAGUUUGCUUUGAAUUUUAGGUUAACCCAGCUUUGAACAACCGGCCCCAGAAGUUUAACAUAAACCCAAUCUCGUUUCCCGAGCAUGCCCGUUCGCAGGUUAAGCCUUAACCUGCGAACGGGCAUGCUCGGGGAACGAGAUUUAACACUCAUCUAUUUAAUUUCCAGGCUGGGUGAGGGAUGCAGGUAUCUCGUACAAAUGUCUAUUCUACCUAACCGGAGGACCAAUGAUCUUAGGAGCUCUUAUCCUUCUACCAACAAUAUGGAUGAAAAAUGAAGCUUCAUUUCCAGACAACAGUAUCGUUCUUAUGAAUGACCCGGCGUUGCCAGAGUCAAAUUCUCAACAUCGAAUAGAAAUAGAAAGGUUAACUGUGUUGUAGCAUUCACAAUUUUUUAAGUAAAGAAAUUAUAGGUUGUAUAAUAGUGUAUAAGUUAUUCUAUAUUAAAUGUUUUAAUGAUUGUUUGGAGAGGUCUGUGUAUUAUACCGGUAACCAAGGGCUUUCAUAAUCUCUUUCAGUUUACCAAUAUUUUCACUAAGUCCAAGGAAAUAAUUUAUGACAGUAUUAGAAUUAUUGUCAUCUUUUUUGUACAGUUUUUCUUGGUGAGUUAGCUGAACAAACUAAGCUUUGUUGCGGAAUACUUUAAACUAUCCCAAAAGCAUGCCCUACACAAUGAGGCUUAAAGUUGUUUUUCAAGAAAUAAACUUAUAUCGUUUAACGUAAACAAUAACCUGAACACUUUUGUCUCCCGUUAUCAGACACUAUGAUCCUGACACAAUUAUAAUUUGAUCAUUAAACAC